CAUCAGAUCAGAGAAAAUAAUAUCAACACAAAUAAUAACGCAAUAAAUAUGGAGUUUCUAGUUAUUUAUUUUGCCUUUGACAAUGCAUUUGAAGCAGUCAAUAUGUCAAAGGUAGAAUGUGAUAAAACAGAGGCGGAAAUGGUGAAGGGAACUAAAUGCCAGGUACCUUUCGAGACCGAAAGCAUCAGUGAGGAUGGCAAAGACACUGUGGAGACAAAACUUUAUGAUGGCAUUAUUCUCUGUUCUGGACAAGUUAAAAAGAAAGCAGAAGAGUUGGCAAACCAAUGUCAAAAGAAAUUAACAGAUGGUCUACCAGUUCAGACAUUGUUUAAAGAUUUUCAAGCCAACACCAAAAGAAAUGCCUCAUCCAAAUUAACAGAGGCCAUAAAGGAGCUACAAGAUGAAGAACCAUGUCCAUCUGAGAAGAAGAAAGUGAAAAAGGACAAAGUCUCAACCAAGUCAACUAUUAAGUCUAAGAAAGUACAUGUAGCAACAUCAAAUGGUUCAGCAAAACCCGCCAAAAAAUCAACAGAUACAUGUAAGGCUACAGCUGUUAAGAGUGCUCUUCAUCCUGAUAAGAUGGCUGAAAUUUCAGCAAUGUUGAACAUAGAACAGUCUCAAGGAAAAGAAGAUCUAAAUUUGGUUAAAGUUAUGAGCAGUACUACUUGUACUUCAACACCUAAAAGACAGGACAUAUGCAGCCCAAAAAAGACAGUCACUUCUAUGUAUGAAGAUAUAUCACCUGUUAAACAGACAGUUACAAUUGAUCCCAUAUCAAUUGCAAGUUUAAGGCGCUCACCAAGAAAACACUGUAGUUCAGUUCUGUUUACCCACAAAUUGGAUGAUGCAGUACAAAUACAUGUACCAAAAGAAAACAUAUCAACAAUAGGCCAGUCAACUGACAAAUGGGAUGGUGUUUUUGUCGACUCAGUUAAUAGCAUCUAUGACAUGGACAAGAAAGAAGUGCAUGAAUUGCAUUCGAACUUUGGGAAAGAAACUGAUGAGUUUGAAAAACUUAACAAUGAUCAUGACAUGCCAACAGACAGUAGUCAAGAGCAGACUAAAAAGGAACUUAUAUGUAAUCUUCUUGGAAUAACCAAAGAGGAAGCAGCCACAACCAGCAUGGUAUUGGGAAGGUUGUCAAAAAUACUAGGUGGUCAUGAUUUUAUUAGUUCAAAUAUAUACUCCAUUUAAACCACCCAGCAUGCCUAGUAUCUUUAACAAUGAUCCUGAUGAAAUUAAUGAACCCGAUGUCAGUAGCAUUAUCAACACAGAGAAUGAUUCAAUAGUGGACAUGAGUACAGAAGAACAAGACAAUUCGCAAUCUACUUGGAGCUCAAAGGACAGCUGUAAUGUUAGUCAAAACAGUUCAAAUGCAUGUUCUGAGGCUGAAUCUUCAAACUCUAGGAUUAGAGGAUCCAAACCCGAUGACAAGUUAAUUGAAAAGAUCAACAUCAACCUGGGCAUUUUCCUCUAUCAGUGCAGCUGACUGUUCUUAUAAAAGACUCCUUGGACCCUAACAAGUUCAAGGAUGUUCUAGUAGUAAAAACUGAGGAAAGACAUGCACGUUUGCAGGCCAAAUCUUCAAAGAGACCAGCCAUAGCCUUAUUGAAUGCUAUAUUGACAUGUGUUUUCACCAAAGCAGAAUUAGCUGUUUCUUCUGGACUAGGCAUCAGAAAGAUGAAAGGAGAAGUAGGUUGCCCGUUGGAUGGUACAAAAAUUGAAGCAAUACGAGAGUAUAUCAUGUACCAUUGUACGCGUGAGGGAUGGCAGCUGCCUUCUAAAGUUGAAUUUAAUACAACAAUAACCAACAAAGUUACAAACUGCAGAAGGAAACUGUUAACUCAUCCAGUGCUCAAGAAAAAAUCUUGUUGAAUUACAAUUAAUGUACAUUUGGAUAUGGACAUACACAACAAUCAACUGGAUUAUUUGCGUCAUAAUUUUUCUUUACAUAAAUUUAUACAUGUGUUGAGUGAACAUGGCUUUUAUAUACACAUGUAUUUAUAAGAUGGAAAUUUUUUAGUGUUGUCUUAAUAAUAGUGUGAUAGAAUUAUGAAUUCUAGCUAAGCUAUCCAUUCUCUUUUAAAAAAGUGGCAGGAUUCUAUUAAGUGUGUGUAUAAAAGUGAAAGAUGGGUCCUUGUACUAUUUAGCAAAGAACACAAUAACAUUUAGAUAUUUGCAUACAUGUACAUGAAUGUGCAUUAGUGGCACACAAUAUAUAUUGAAAGUAAAUACAAUGUAUAUUUGUAUAUAUGGGAUAUAGUUUAUAUGGAAAAUGUGUUUAUUGAGAAGUAUAAGUUUAAUUCUUAUUGAGGUAAGUUGCUGUAUUGCCAUGAAUAUUACUUUAUCAAGUUUCCUGCCAGCUAGCUAUCUGACUAUAAAACCCUAUUUUGAAUACAUGUAUAUAAAAAUGUAGGUUGUUAAACAUGCAUGGUGACUGGACACAUCCCCCCUUAGAAUAAAGAUCUGAUGAAAAUACUUUUUUUAUAUUGAAAGACCAUUUUUAAUUACAUAUAUAAUGGUAUAUACAUUUGUGUACUUUGUCAAACUGCUAUACAUAUAUAUUUAACAUGUUCAAUGUAACUAUUAAUUCAAUGAGCUAAAUCUUUUUCAUUAAAACAAAA